AUGGGUGAAAAGCGGAAGAAUAUUUCUCUGGAAGAGAAGGUUUCUAUUAUUAAAAAAGUGGAGGCACCUCCUGGCCAAGCACGUGCUGCAAACAUUCCUAUAAACGGAACUAUUUUGAAGGAGAAGGCGCUUCAAAUAUCACUUCAGUUAGGAAUGGACAAUUUUAAGGCGUCCAAUGGAUGGAUUGAUAAAUUUCGACAGCGUCAUGGUGGUGUGUACAAAUCGGAAUGUGGAGAAAGUAAAAGUGUGGACGAACCAACUGUAGCUCAGUGGAUACAGGCUCUCCCUAAUCUGAUACAGGGCUACAAACUGCGUGACAUAACGCUGACGAAACCGGCAUGUUCUUCAAUUUAA